AUGAAUGCACAGGAACAGAACAAUGUACGGUCUCGAGGAUUGGUGUUCCCUUACAUUCUGGUUACAUUGAACUCACUACGUAGCCCCAAUAUACCUCAUUUCACAUUAAGAGAUUCUGAACAUUCGAAAUACACAACUGACCGACUGGAACAUGACAGAUAACACGGGGUUGAUUUAGUUUCUAGGUGACAUUAUUUUGCCUCUUCUUCGGUAGGUUGACCAUGUUGACGGAAAGUCCGUUGUAGUGGCGCCCGGCUCCUGAGAUUCCUGGUCGCUGUGUACUCCGGUUUUCCUCUUUGCACCAUGCGUAAUGGCGGUGGUGUUCUGCUUGACAACUAAUCCUUUUUAUACGGUCACUGUGUCUUGCCGAUCCGAACAGUCGCUCGAGCGACGGUAGGGAGCGCUACACACCGGCCUGUUGUGGGCGCUUACUGCUGUAUGUUCGGCUAGCUGUAAUCGCAGUUGCUACCGGCUUUGUUAGUAUUGUCGAGAUUGGGUUCUUUUGUUUAGCAAACAGGAUCGUGGUGAUCCGUCUAUGCGUAAACUAGGUUCUACAACGUCAGGCAUUUCAAUUCUAAUUUUAUUUCCUCAAGACGCAACUCCUUGCUUACUUAGUCUAGGCCAGUAGCCCGUCAUUUAGAACAGACUUUAGUGUUUCGCACUCAGUUUCAUAGUUAUCCUGGAGUAUUAUUAAGUGAUUGUCCGAGUUUUGUCCUACCGUCCAUAUUCAUGUGGCCAUAGUUUUCGCAGUGUGCUUUAGCACAGAGAUGUUGGCUGGUUUGGGGUUCUAGUUGCGAUUAGGAAGUUCCUCAGGUUUCUAACUGAUUGUGCGUGCUCAAUGUGUUGCCUCGAGGUGACGGAUUAUAGCAGUGGUCGACUCUAGGUUGACUUUAAGUGAGAAGGCAGUAGGGCUGCCGUUUUGACAGUCACCGCACUUGUAGUGCUAGGUAUUUGUACGUGAUAACCAAUAAGCGGGACGUGAUAGUGAAAGACAUGAUUAUCUUGCCACCGUUACAGCUUCUGGAAGGCUGCACGGCGGAAAGCAUUCCAACGAGCGCUGUUGUCCAACAAUCUAGUCUGGCGAUGCUGAUGGUCCAUUCACGCAUUGUGCUGGUAUUUUGCGUUGCAUCCUGUUCGGUCAGCGUGUAGCAAUCCCACCGUGGUGUGGGUUCGUCCUGUGGUGAGUCGUGCCGCCGCGUUUGAUGUUUAACUACAACUUCUCUUUGCAGGGGUCGGGCACUUUUGUGCUUAAGCAGCGAGUCUGCGCAUUUGUGUAAGGCAGUAUGACUAAAGGAGUCGGCUGCUGCUAAUUCAUGUAGUAGGCAAGAGCGGAGCGUAAACCCGUCGGUCGCAAUACACUUACCUAAUUUCAAGAAACAGCUCUGAAUCAUGAUAAGCUUGUAGCCAGUGUCGUCUUUGUCAGACGCUGCAAAGCAAGGCCCCUGCACAAGUUUACUGUCCGCACUGCGCCGCAGCAUCCGGCGCUUAUCGCGCCAAGUAUUUGCAAGUGUUCACUACCGGCCACGUGGUGUCGCGUCCGCCCUCCUUCGUGCACCAUAGUGAUAUUCGUUGCUAAAAUAUUGUGGUGCAUUAGUAAAUUAGCUGACAUAGUCGAGCGGUGGGCACCUGUGGGCGGCCAGUGCCGCCGUACGAACUAUCGACUGGAGAUACGUGAUCUGUUACAAUUGUGCCCGACAGCCACCCUUGCUUCACAUCCGUCAGGCGUACGCUCCAUAUGGCUAAAACUUGUCAGGGAUAAAGGGCCGUGCCUACAUCUGCUUGAAACGUCGCAGGUCUGCAGAUGAUACGCCUGGGCGGGUGGGUCUGGACCAUACUGUUCAGCAGAAUGCGACAGUCUAAGCCUGGAGUCGGUUGCGAGGUCUGCGGACUUAAACUUCUUUGUUUCCAGUAGGCGAGGUUUUCAGGUGCUCCCUCGCCCACUUUUAGGGGCGUUGGCAGCUUGACCUGUUCUUUGGGUAGUGGGAUGUAGUUACGGUUCGAAAAAAUACUUGUCGUGGGCGGUGCUGUCCGGACGCAGGGCUUCCGAUGGUGCGACUGGCGAUGGUGUUUCGCCGUUUGCUGUACGCUAACCUCGGGUUGGCUAGUUCAGGUGUAAAAAGGAUGAGUGGGACCAGAAUCACAGGCUCCAGAUGCGGUCGUAUGCUGAUUUUUAGGGGCAAGGAAGCGGACGGGGCCGUUGAUGCCUAGUAGUUUACGGGCCUAGGGCGCCGUCAGCUAGCUCGCGGGAGUUUAUAAAUGUCAGAAAUGGGCAUGUGGCCUUCGCACUCUUCCGACUCCUACGGUUCGUGUUCGGGGUUGUAAUGCAAGGGUCUCGGGACGACGCAUACGUGCGGUUGUCUUCCCGUAUUCUUUCGGAAGCACGUGGUCUAAUUCGGGACGGGCCUGCUCACUAUGCGGAUGUCGUGUCAAAGCUGCUGCUCGAGGCUGGUGCCUUUCCGCCACGGAAUGUGUGAAAGCGUUAUCUUGUCGCCACCGCGUGCUGGCAUUUGGCUGACGGUGGUCGGUUGUAUUAGCCGCCGCACAUUUACCCGUGGCCCGCCAGGCUCUGUCCGGACGCUUGUGGGCUGUCGAAUUACUGGUGUUAUCUGACAGUGGCCCUCGCACACUGGCCACCUGCCUAAAUGUCUUCGUAUGCGGCCUUUCUUCCGAAGUGGUGGCCUUUGAUAUUCUCGCCCUCCACUCCCUAGGUUGCUCAUCUGGAGAUGGUAAAUUUCUGUCAACUUGCACUUUUUAUUGGCAGAAAGUGCCCCGGGCUGUGCUCGUUUCAGGGGUCUCUCUCCUUCGUUGCCGCUAUCGUGUGUUCUGUCUUAGGAUCCGUCGUACCCUGCAAAGGCUUCUGCGUCGUGCUGCGGCGGGUCUCGGCUCGUAUUAAGGUGGCUUACUGCGCUUUAGAGGUAGCAGGCACUUCGCUCUGGAUGUAGGUCAGACCUGGGGUUUUCCACUACAGGGCAGUUUGGCGCGUCACAAAACUCAUUGGCUUGGGGUCGUACGUUCGUUCACGUUUAGUCGCCGCCCGAAUAUACAGGUAAUUGCAUUCCAGAGCCGGUUCGUGCUCCCCGUUAUCGGCUUUUCGCUAGCUGAUGAUCCGUUUGGGGCUGUCCCACCAAGUCAUUGAUUCCCGACCGACCAGGCAGGUGCGCGUGAACUUCGGUCCUCCGGCUCAUGGUGGUUUGUUUUAAGGGGCGACCUGACGUAAGGGCGGUUCCUAACAUUGACGACAGGCCUCCCUCCGCCAUCAACAAUCUCGACCGAGGUCCUGCGUAACGGCGGAGAGGUGUACCAGGUCUGCAGCUUGGGAAUUUCCUUAGAAUCGUCGUGGGAUGUCGCCCGGCAGUACUGUCUCACGCGUGGCUGCCCUCCAUCCGUUCUGGUCGGCCCUGGACUAGCAGGCGGGCGUCUUUCCGGGGGACACCAGUUCCACUUACAAGAGUCGUUUCAGCAGCAGACAGCCUUGUUGGUCAUUAAACGGCUUUACGCUGUUACCUUGGUUCCAUCUUCAGUACUGACACUCAUUUGCCUUCUGGUCGCUACACUAACGUGGAUUUCAGCGGUGGUAAACGCAGAGAGCAUCGCUAGACGUUCGCCAGCGCGCCUGUCGUGCGAAUUAAUCUAACCUUUGCAGUCGGUCACUACUGAUUUGUGGGACCGUCAGUAGUAUUAAGGAACUGGGGCUGCAAGGUUGUAGGCAUUGUUCGAAAUCGGCCGUCGACUUUGCGGGACCCUAUGAUGCCCUGGGUCGCUAUUUAUGUCACGACAUCCCGGGGAUGGGUAUCAGAGAUCGUGUUGGCCCAUGCUAACAAACCGCACUAGUACUUCCGUCUCUCGUAUGACCGAAGCGAAGUUUGGGAUUGUAUAUCGGCAUUUGAUAUUGGUUGUCAAGACCUCUAUCCAUGGAUGGUCUCAACGACACACAACCGUUGGUACUCGUGUCCACUGGUCCUGGAAGGCGGUGCGCCCGAGCGGAUUGACGUCUAACUUCUGCGCGUUCUCCUGAAGUCUGUCAGGGCAACGUAAGUGGUAAAAUUCGUAUUUUUGACGGUCGACCUGGGGACUGGUUCCUGGUUUGGGCCUUACUGGGGCAGACCGCACAAGUAACUGUGUGGUAAGGUUCCACGGCCGUAGUUUUCGUCGUGGCUGUAGAUUAUCUUAGCAAAUACUCAAAGGAGGAGUUAGAGUGCUCUUUGGUAGUCGCGGCAGGUCAUCUCAUCACUAAUUUUCUUGGAUCUUUUAGUUCAUUACCGACCCAGACAAGCUGCUAGUCGCCUUCAAAGACAACCUAACGGAGAAUGGUGGCAUUCGGAAGACCUCCAUUCCUGCUCUCAUCAAUCUUAUGUCCGAUACGAAUGGGAAACUUGUGCCGAAGUGUGUUUCCCUGUGCAUCAUAUCGGCCUCCGAUAAUGCCUCUCAAGCCCAGUUGUGUCAAAGUGGUGCCUGGGACAUCCUUCUCAAGUGGCUUCAGGAGGCCCUGAAGGAAGACCAUCAGUCUUUUCUGAUCGAGCUUCUGAAUGUGUACCUUAACUUGCCGGUUCGAUUUGAGAACCUCACCCAGAAUGUCUGCCCGAAGUUGAUAAAUUCCCUUGCAAAGCGUUCAGAAAACAAAGGUUAGGACGUUCUGUUAACUCAUCCGCUGUAUAGCUGUUAAAUCUGCUGCUGGAGAAAUUGUGAAAAAAUGGAAAGAAGUUAUUAGCCGCGAAACCCGACGCGAGGGCAACGUUGAGCCGCCCAUCAAAAAGAAGCGCUCUGAAUCCGAAGGGAAGGUGGAGGUGACUGACACGGAGCCAAACUCGGCAGCGAAGGACCCGAAGAAACGCCGUUCCACCGUAAAGAUGCCCCCGACUGUUAUGCGUACGGCAGGCAUUGAAGAAGCGGUUGAGCAGUUUACGCCGAAGUCGCGUUCCGAAGUUCUGUCGAAGAAAAGGUACAAUUUUCAGCCUUCCGACCUAACUUGCUUUUAGUAAACACGAUUCCACUGAAAAGCCUACAUCAAGCCUUCCCAUCGAGUCUUUUCACCAGAAAAUUACUGUAGUCCCAACGGAACCCAGAAAACGUAAGCCUUCCAUUCCCGUUUGUUAUGUCCUCCUAGCGUCUUAUGGACUCCAUGAAAGUUCGAAUUUCAUUAACUCGUUAACAACAACGACGCAGCCCGUGGUGCGCAAAAAACGGAAAAUCCCGAAACCCGAGCCCCCUCUUGCCUCCGAAGCUGUAAGUUGUAUACUUUUUUAAUUCCCCCCAAGAACUCUGUCUCAGAUGACCAAAAUCAGAUCAAAGUGAAGCCAGAAGCUCCAGUUGAGGAGGAGAUGGAUACAUCAGCUUCCACGACUUCUGACACAGAGCCACUAAAAAAGUCCUCCCUGGCUAACUUCGCGAAUUUCACACUCGAAAAGAAAACGAAAAAGCGUGUGACUUGGGCUCCAGAAGACAAACUGCAGGCUGUUUCCUUCUUCGAGGUUGAUGAAAAUGAACGAGGUGGGUCGAUCUUUAUGGCAUACUAUUAGACGGCAUUCACCCUGACACCUAUUUCUUUCCUAACAACCCCAACACUAACCCUGUUGCACCGUAUUGCUCUACUUUUAGUCAAUGUGAACAGGAUCUCCUUGGCUGAAAUCCGUCAGAAAGAACUUUCUUUGGAACGGCAGUUGUUCAGGCGUCAUGAGGAAAUUGAAAUCAAGGAUGCGAAGGUAUGUCGAACAAAACUUUUUUUGAAUCAUCCACCGUUUGAAGCGCAACUGUUGUCGCCUUCAUGCUUCCCUUCGCAACAAUAUGCGCUUUAUUCUUUUUACUCCUACCCUUUCAGUGGCAGACGCCCGCACCCCUUGAGUUGACAAUUCUCGUCGAGCCUGGCUGCAAAUCCGUGGAGCGGCAGCUGCAGCGUGAGCGGGAACGUUAUGUGUUGCAGGCUAUUUACUUCACCCGCGAGAGUAUACCACCUUCCCCUGAGGAGCCAGAAAAAGAAGAGUUUGAGUCUACGUCAGCUGUCGAAAUUCCUUUGGAAGAUGUACGUUUGCCGGGAGGCCGUCGCAACCUACUGGGGUCCCCGUUUUCUCAUUUUAUUGGUUUCCUUGUUUGCUUACUCUUUAAUAAAAAUCCAGCCUUCUUAAAUCCUCUCCACUUCGCAGUAGUGGAAGCGCUGGCGGGGUGGACGGUUUUCCUGUGCAUCCGUUCGUCAGUGCACGUUGGUCAUUCAUGCGUAACUAGGCUGACCUUGCCCGUUUUCCCUAUGUUUGUGUUGAAUAUUAAUCUUGAGCGGUUUGCAUAGCGACCAAGACCCUCAUUCGUAUCAUUCCCAAUUCACAUACCAAUAGCACGAGAGGAAGAAGGCUGUCAGAUCUUCAUUACAAGAAGAAAGACUAUGAUGGGGCUUCUCGUUUUAAUUCGUACUUCUUGCUCCGGGAGCACUUGCCACAGAAGUUUUGUGGCACGCGUUGGCUCCCCAACUAUUGAAAUGUUAAUUCGCUGAGCGCUCGAUCUUAUGGCUGCGGUCUACCAGGCCCAAGACCCCCGGAACUCGCAGGCGGGUCGACGUGUUCGUGCGGUCGGCCGUACUUCGUCCCCCUUGUAAUACCUGCACCCGAACGAUCUGUGGUUGGGGUCUGUGUUUGCCGCCUAUGACGAGCGUUGGCGUAUUGGCACCUUCAGGGCUGGUGUGUGUGCUGUCGGGGGCCCUGUGUGACGCUGGUGCGCCAUGCUGAUCUCUUUGCCCAUGGCUUACUGGAGUCGUUUAAUGCUUGCCGAUAACUGUCGGAGUAAUAAACAACCCACCAUUUUGUAAUUCGCUUUGUAGUUACACGCGAAGGAGCAUCCAUCCGAGAGGGAGGACCUGCUUAUCAUCAAGGACCAAGGGGACGGAAAAGCGAAGGUUAGUUUCUGCCGGUGUGCUCCAUGCUGGCUGUCGCCCUAUAUGUGCUACUGCAGGAUUUGGUCGCAUGUGGGUGUGUUGGUUGCUUUCCAAAUUGACUGGUAAAAGCUAUCCUCAUGAAGAUUGCAAUCUAUGGUAUUAUUUUUCCAGCAGGAUACUGCGAGUUAGUGCCUUACACUCGAAUCAGGCAGUUCAACGGAAUUGAAGACAAUCCAGCUUGUCGGCCUGCUCGACCGUCUUGGUUGGUAUUACGCACUCUCGGGAGUCAUGGCCCCCCAUUAGAAAUAAGCCACGAACAACAAGGAUAUUUGUGUGUGAUUUGUUACGGCAUGGCACACCUUACCAUGUGUGCUCGUACUUCAUCGACCCUGCAACAUCCUGGCUUGUAGGCCUCUGAUAAAAUAUAUUCUUUCGUACCAGGACCGUAAGAUCAGUAAAUACGUGUAUGUCCGGCGAAAGUCUCCUAUUUGUGCCACCGAAGGUCUUCUGCCGAUGUCUUUAUCUGUUUGCAAUAGCGUCGUCGUAGUGCACGUCUAGUGUGUUACGUCAGCUUAUUAGGGCGUAUCUUCACGGUUAUUUCUUGGACGACCCUUUUAUAGUGCAGGCCUGUCCUCAAUCGCCGUUCACAACGGACAAGCCAGGCGUGCUCUCUUCCGGACAUUUCGAGUCAUGUCUUCUAGUCGCUUUACUUUUUGUUUUCAGGUUUCGCUGAACCCUGAGGUAGCGGACCUCGUGCAGUCGCUAGUUUACAGUUUCAAUCCCACUUGUGAAGUGCCAACUCCCCUCACCCAGCUUCCACCAACUACAACCUCUGCAAGCGAGACUCGAUCUCCUCCCGCUGCACCUGAAACCCCUGCUCUCAACAGUGAUAUACCCAAACCAGUGUAUUCGGCCUCGCCGGUCACUUCCGGUGGUGAAGACCAACUGGAGGCGCGGGCGGACAAGAAUCCGCCCCCCACGGACGGCCAUUCUGUCCCUGAAAUGCCACCCGCUCCCUCCUUUGUGCCUGACAGGGCUCCCAUCGGGCAAGGCAGGCCCCGUGGCCCCCCUCCACCCCACAGGCCCUUACCCGGUGAUAUGAGGGGUCCACCCUUUCCGCCUCACCGUCCGCCCUUCCCUCCGGAACGUGGUCCUAUGUCCCGCCUCCCACCACCACCACCUCCCAACUUUGUUGGACGCCCACCCUUCCGCGGUCAUCCACCACAUAUGUUCGGUGGCGGGAGGCCGCCAGUUGGGGGUCCCAGGGGAGGGGGUCCCCGACGGGGCGGAGGUGGUCACCGGGGAGAGCAAGUAUGCAAAUUCUUUCAACAGGGCACCUGUCGAAACGGUGCUAACUGCUCAUUUUUGCAUCCCGGUUUUCCAUCGAAGCCCGGAUGGUAG